AUGGCUUCGAAUCCCUCAAUCCCCGUCCCUCCACGGACUCCCACUCCUCCAUCUGACGAACCCGCGACUGCUAAUUCAGUUGGCUCUUCUUUGGCGACUCCGAUGACAGCUUCGUUCUCUCGCGAUGCCCUUUCCCCCAUGGUCGACACGUUUCCAUCUGGAGAUCCCGCUUGGAAUCCACAGAGACGAGCCAGCCAGGAUAUUUCGGGGCCCUUCAAUUUUAAGCCGACCGCUCUUGCGAAAACUCCAGUCGUGAAAUCCGGCGUAGGGCAGCGUCGUGGCCACAAAUACAAGCACAGCAGCGUAUCUCAUCAGAUAUUCCUCGAGCCGCCUCCAAGAGCACCGCUGGCACUCCCCAACUCGUUGCCUAUUCCGACAUUAAAAGAAUGCCGUGGCAGUAUGUCUAAAGAGCAAAAGGUCCGCUUUUGGUGGAGCUUAUGCCAUAUGGCAGUUGCCGGAAAUACACUGUGGAGUGCUCAUGGAUCUAUGGCCAUGACUGGACUUUCACAUCUAUUACUUUUCGACUCAUUGGGAGCCAUGCUUUGCGUCGCUGUCGACGUCCUUGGGAAUUUUGAAGUCUGGAGGCGAUCGACUGUCCGUCACCCGUUUGGCCUUGAACGUGCUGAGGUGGUCGCCGGCUUUGCCCUUUCUGUUUUGCUCUUUUUCAUGGGCGGAGAUCUCAUAUCUCACGCUAUCACUCAUCUCCUAGAGACUUCGGGUUCAGGGUCCCAUCGUCCACAUUCUCAUGGACGUGUUUCCUCCGGGAGUAUUGAUAUCACUGCGCUUCUUGCUCUUUUAGCCACUAUCAUAUCCGCCAUUGGCCUGAAAAACCAUGCAAGGAUUGGAAAAGCAAUGCGCUUUGCAUACAUUGAGUCGUUGCCUUCUUUACUCAGCAAUCCGGCACAUUUCCUAACGCUCUCAUGCUCCUCUCUGUUGCUGCUGCUUCCUCUUUUGUCUGUGACUAUCUACACGUGGAUGGACAGGGCCUUUGCUCUGGCAGUUGCUAUGUCAAUGUGCGCUCUAGGGAUAAGACUUGUGGCUACUCUUGGAUCUAUGCUUUUGAUGUCAUACUCAGGACGGGGAGUUUCAAGUCUGAUGAAAGACAUCGCGUCUCACCCAUCAGUCUCAGGAGUCGAAGAAGCCAAAUUCUGGCAGGUCCAUUAUGGGCUUUGCAUGGCAAAUCUCAAACUUAGGGUCGCUGGACCGGAAGAUAGCCUUACCAAACUGCGGGAGCGGAUCUCAAGUAUGAUCAAGGAACGACUCGGAGGAGGAUAUGGAUCUGGAGGCCAGAAAUGGGAGGUCUCCAUUCAGUUAAAUGUUGAACAACUGUGA